AGGAGGGCGUGUUGUGCUCUUCUUUUGGACUCGGCCGCUCGCCAGGAAGAACUACAAAUCCCAGAGGCCGUCGGGAACUCUGUAGUCUAGCAGCCGGUGGAAUUGGCCGAGGAUGACAGCUGGAGAAUGGAGUCAGUUUUGUCCAAGUAUGAAAACCAGAUUACUAUAUUCACUGACUACCUAGAAGAAUUUCCAGAUACAGAUGACCUAGUAUGGAUCCUGGGAAAGCAGCACCUCCUUAAAACAGAAAAAGCUAAGCUGUUGUCUGAUAUAAGUGCUCGCCUAUGGUUUACGUACAGAAAGAAAUUUUCACCAAUUGGGGGAACGGGCCCUUCAUCUGAUGCUGGCUGGGGAUGCAUGCUACGCUGUGGACAGAUGAUGUUGGCUCAAGCUCUCAUUUGUAGACAUUUGGGAAGGGACUGGAGCUGGCAGAAACAAAAAGAACAACCCAAAGAAUACCAACGGAUCCUACAAUGCUUCUUAGAUAGAAAAGACUGUUGCUAUUCUAUCCACCAAAUGGCACAAAUGGGUGUAGGAGAAGGGAAAUCAAUUGGCGAAUGGUUUGGACCAAAUACAGUUGCACAGGUGUUAAAAAAACUUGCUUUAUUUGAUGAAUGGAAUUCCUUGGCUGUUUAUGUUUCAAUGGAUAACACAGUGGUCAUUGAAGAUAUAAAAAAAAUGUGCUGUGUUCCUCCCUUGGGUGCCAAUGCAGCUGGUGAGAAUCCUCCUGAUUUUGUGACUGCUUCUAACCAGAGUCAAGGCAUCUCUGCCUUCUGCCCAGCCUGGAAACCCCUGCUGCUCAUUGUGCCCCUUCGUCUGGGCAUAAACCAAAUCAAUCCUGUGUAUGUUGAUGCAUUCAAAGAGUGUUUUAAGAUGCCACAGUCUUUAGGGGCAUUAGGAGGAAAACCAAAUAACGCCUAUUAUUUCAUAGGAUUCUUAGGUAAUGAGCUCAUCUUCCUGGACCCUCAUACAACUCAGACCUUUGUUGACACUGAGGAAAAUGGAACUGUUGAUGACCAGACUUUUCAUUGCCUGCAGUCCCCACAGCGAAUGAACAUCCUCAACUUGGAUCCAUCUGUUGCACUGGGAUUUUUCUGCAAAGAAGAAAAAGACUUUGAUAGCUGGUGUAGCCUUGUUCAGAAGGAAAUUCUGAAGGAAAAUUUAAGGAUGUUUGAAUUAGUUCAGAAACAUCCAUCACACUGGCCUCCAUUUGUGCCUCCAUCGAAGCCAGAAGUGACAACCACUGGGGCAGAAUUCAUUGAUUCUACUGAACAACUGGAGGACUUUGACCUGGAAGAAGAUUUUGAGAUUCUAAGUGUGUAGAAUAGUGGGAACUCAAUUUGAAGUUCUGUCUUCCAUCUGGCACCACAGGAACAUAAACUUGUUACAUAAAACUUUUCUAGUCAGCAAGUGCCUGAUAUGCCAACAGCAUACAAACUCAAUAGCAAUCAUGACUGAGCCAACUAGCCAUUCUCAGAAAACAAACAAAUGAUACCAAUUCUUCCCAGAAAGAAAUAGUACAAUCAUGGAGUCUAGGAACAAAAUGAUUAGGAGUCCCUUCGUUCCUAGUUUGUCAUACAUGGCUACAAGUCUUCCAUGACUGAAAUGAGAAUGUUUGCAAAUCACCCAGCAGCUCCCAUCUCACUUCAUCAGCAGCAGAUGAGAGAUGGUCAUGUUGGUGUUCAUCCUUUCAGGUGUGACCUCUUGGGAGCUAAAUACUAAAAAGCAACCUGUUCUCUUGCUCAAAUAAUGAAGUAACUGAAUCAGGGAGAAAAAAAUGUUCUUAAAUUAUUUGAAUAUGUAUUUUAAGUAAUUAUAAUUUAUAUCAAAAUAUUUGUCAAAAAUGAUUUCAAAUAUUCACUUCUUGAUUGUCUUCCUAUUUGGAGGAAGCUUUGUAUUUGAUAGGUCAUUGUCUCCAUCCUUGUGGACACUUCUGUCAGAUGUUACCUUGUCCUUCAAUCAAAUCAUGAUCACUGAAAUUAGAAGUCAGAAAAUUUCUUUUCUGUAAAAAGUCAGAUAGUUAAUAUUUUAGAUUUUUCAGAUCAUGUGGCCUCUGUCAGAAUUACUCAAUUCUGGGCAAAAGCAGCCAUAAACAACAUGCAUGCAACUGACCAUGGCUGUAAUCCAACAAAACUUUAUUUACAAAAACAA